AUGGACAUCGACCCCGAUCCGUCUGCAGUCCCGGACGGUCAUGAUCCCGCCGCCCUCACGCGGCCGAUCAAGAGCCUCUCCGAAAAGUACCGCCUGGUGCCGGCCUUCCUCAAAGUGCGCGGCCUGGUGCGCCAGCACAUCGACUCCUACAACCACCUGGUGAACCACGAGAUCAAGAAGAUCGUGCGGGCGGCGUCCAACAACAAGGUCACCGUGGCCUGCGACCCGAAUUUUUACCUGAGGUAUUUGGACGUGCACGUGGGGAGGCCGAGCGUGGAGGAGGACUAUCGCACGCGGCCCAUCACGCCGCACCAGUGCAGGCUGAGGGACGUGACGUACUCGGCGCCGGUGACGGUGGACAUCGAGUACACGCGUGGGAAGGAGAUCGUGGUUAAGCGGGGAAAGCGCGGCGAGGGAGCAGUGCAGAUUGGACGAAUUCCUGUUAUGCUGAGGUCUGCCAAGCAAGUCAGAACAUGA